ACCUUAACCGCGGUCACGGGUGUUACCAGAAAGGCAGCACGGGUUUUUAUACGAUCAGUGAUCAGGUCAAUGCAUCCCAAGAUGGGAUGUUAGCUAAAAACGCCACCAAAUGUUGGGCAAAUAAAUGUUGACAUGUUCCUUGAUGACAUUGUGACAAUGAAACUGUAUUUGUGUCCAAAUAUCGGGCUAUUUUUGAAGUACAUUUAAAUUAUGCAAGUGAAUAAUAACCUAAUCAUGGUUAAUCAAAAUGCAGACGUGUGAUUAAUCUAAUAAUUAAAAAAAAAAAAAGCUAUAACUUGACAGCACUAAUGUGUUCAUUUGUCAUUGUCUUCCACGGAUAAAUUCAUCCAUUUGCUACCGCUUAUUCCCUUUGGGGUCGCGGGGGGCGCUGGUGCCUAUCUCAGCUACAAUCGGGGGAAGGUGGGGUACACCUUGGACAAGUCGCCACCUCAUUGCAGCGGAUAAAUUCAAAAUGCCGCAAAUUCCUUUUGCUGUUAUAAUGGGACAGGUGUCAAUGUAGCUUGUCGUUGUAACUCUGUCCAGUAGAAGGCAUCAUAACUGCUAGGGAAUGUUUUCAGACCCCUAUAGAUUCAGUUUUUCAGGAAAGCCGCUAGCAACAAGUCCAGCGGAUCUUUUCUGUCGUUAUUAGACAAUUUUGGAGACUAAAAUGAAAGCGUGUGCAGUAUUCUCGUGUCAACGUGGAGCAUGUAAGUGGCUUCCUUGUUGGGACAUUAGAAAAGACAAAAAGAAAGAUUGUUUGUAUACAUAUUGUUUUGCUUUCCGUGCAUCGUGGCCAAUUACGCAAAUUAGAACAAAUUCAAUGGCAAAAUGACAUUAAAGUCCUGUCAGAAACAGCGGUUAUUGUGAGUUUUUACAUAGAAACAGUGGAAAAUAACAGGGACUGUUUGAUAUUCUGUAGCCAUACAAGAGCUUUUAGAGUUCCUAUUUCUCCAAUGUUUGUGUUUACCACCACAAUAAUCCUUUUACCGGCUCCGAAGGUCACUGAUAAUGGUGCUUAAUCCCACUUUGUGAGCCCCUGCAGUGAAAUGAUGGGCUAUAACAGGGAAGGAAGCCUUAGGAAAAUACUCCAGCUUCACCAAGAGUAGCCAUGAAAGCCUGGGUCCUGUGGCUGCUGCUUGUGGAAGCAUGGAUACCACACAGCCACAGUCAGCACUGGUCUUAUGGACUGAGCCCAGGAGGAAAGCGAGGACUGGACGACUGUUUGGACCAGCAGAUCAAUGUGCCUAAUGGCUUCCUGCAGCUGGACAAGCCUGGCAGGGUUUUGGCCUCUGGAGCGUUCUCAGCUUUAGCCAGAAUUUGCCGGCUGAAAGAACUUCAUGGAGAUGUGGCUGACAGGAAAACUGAACGCAGGGCUUUUAAGAUCAUUUGAUUUAAUUUCACAUUAAACAGUCUUACUGG